CUUCUCUCGUUUCGAACCAUCUGCUCUGCACACUCACGUCUCACUCUUGGAGAACACAGGACACCUCCGGUCUUAGCAGCGACAAUGGCAGCCACCACAAUGUCCCUCUCUUCCCCUGCCUUCGCCGGCAAGGCCGUAAAGAACUUGCCAUCGUCAGCUCUUUUUGGCGAGGCCCGCGUGACCAUGCGCAAGACAGCAGCGAAGGCCAAGCCGGUUCCCUCGGGCAGCCCGUGGUACGGCGCUGACCGCGUGCUCUACCUCGGCCCACUCUCCGGUCAGCCACCGAGUUACCUGACCGGCGAGUUCCCUGGCGACUACGGGUGGGACACUGCCGGGCUCUCGGCUGAUCCCGAGACCUUUGCCAAGAACCGUGAGUUGGAGGUGAUCCAUUGUCGUUGGGCCAUGCUCGGUGCGCUCGGCUGCGUCUUCCCCGAGCUGCUUGCACGCAACGGUGUUAAGUUCGGUGAGGCCGUAUGGUUCAAGGCUGGCUCCCAGAUCUUUAGCGAGGGUGGCCUUGACUACCUUGGCAACCCCAGCCUCGUCCAUGCACAGAGCAUCCUCGCCAUUUGGGCCUGCCAGGUCGUGCUUAUGGGUGCCGUUGAAGGAUACCGCAUCGCCGGCGGCCCGCUUGGCGAGGUAGUCGACCCACUCUACCCAGGUGGCAGCUUUGACCCUCUUGGCCUAGCCGACGACCCCGAGGCAUUCGCGGAACUAAAGGUGAAGGAGGUCAAGAACGGCCGCCUCGCUAUGUUCUCCAUGUUCGGCUUUUUCGUGCAGGCCAUCGUCACCGGCAAAGGCCCACUUGAGAACCUCGCUGACCACAUCACCGACCCUGUCAACAACAACGCCUGGGCGUUUGCCACCAACUUUGUUCCCGGCAAGUGAUGAGUCAACACCGGCUGCAAUCCUUAGCUGCCAGGAGACGUGCGGCGAAGUGUGCUUUCCUUUGUAAUACCAUGAUGUAAAUUACUACUGUUUGAGGAAAAGAUGAUGUGAAUCAGGACAAUUCUGUGCAAAACCAUGUGUCUGUGUUCAGCUUCUCAUGUCCCAUAGUGUUUAGUGCAAAUCACCAUGUUCUGUUGAA